AAGCCUAGUUAGGCUUGUUUCUGUCGUCACCCGGGUGAACCACGACGGACCCUUGUCCAGGGGUACCCUCCGCCCUAACUCCUUUGAAGCAUUAAUUUGCUUCUUAGCCCUCCUGCUCGCUCCUUCGACCGUCUGCAGCUCUUGCGAUGUCGUCGCAGAUCACUCAACAAUACGCGUUUCGCGCUCAGAAGAGCAUCGGUCUCGUUCACGGAUCUCCGAGCUACGAGCCCGUGCAAGGCUUCGAGGCCCCUGAAGGUACUGCGCGGGUCUACCAGUACAGUCCCGAUGGUAGAUUGUGGGCGUUGGCCGUGCCGUCCGGGGUACGGAUAUAUCGGGCGGAAGGAGCACAGUUACUGCAGGAACUCCCCGUUCCCAACGUCGUCGAGCUGAACUUUUCUCCCCGCGGAACGUACCUCUCGACGUGGGAAAGACCAGUGAAACUCGAGGAUGGGUCCCAGCACAAAAACCUGCGAGUCUUCUCGGUCUCUACAGGCGAGGAGCUUGUAGCUUUUUCUCAGAAGGGCCAGGAGGGAUGGGAUCUGCAAUACACAAUCUCCGAGUCCCAUGCUAUUCGUCUGGUCGGCCAGGAGAUACAGGUGUACCGUCCGUCGGAGUGGUCGAAAGGCAUUGUGGAUAAGCUCAAGGUCGAGGACGCCACCAGCGUCUCCCUGAGUCCGGGGUUGAACCCAUCGCUGGCAGUGUUCGUGGGCGAGAAGAAGGGCGCACCCGCAAGUGUCAAGAUCUACAACCUGCUGACCCUGGCCAGCCCGCCGACGUGUCAAAAGAACUUCUACAAGGCUGACCGUGCCCAGAUCAAGUGGAACAUGCUCGGCACGCAAGUGUUGGUCCUUACACACACAGACGUGGAUAAGACUAACAAAAGUUACUACGGCGAGACUGGGUUGUACCUGUUGAGCGCUGCGGGUAACUUUGAUUGUCGGGUGACAUUGGACAAGGAGGGUCCCAUCCAUGACUUUGCAUGGAGCCCCAAUUCGAAGGAGUUUGGUGUGGUGUAUGGGUAUAUGCCUGCCAAAGCCAUGCUCUUCGACCAGCGUGUGAGGAUGCUCCACGACUUCGGAUCUGGCCCACACAACUUUAUCUCCUUCAACCCUCAGGGCCGUCUGAUCCUCCUCGCGGGCUUCGGAAACCUGGCCGGCAAAAUGAGUGUCAUUGACCGCAAGAUCCUGAGCCAGGUCGCAAGCAUCGAGGCGCCCAAUACAUCCUGGUGCGAGUGGUCCCCCGACGGGCGGUUCAUCCUUACUGCGACGUUAUCGCCUCGUCUCCGUGUCGAUAACGGCAUCAAGAUAUGGCACUGUUCGGGCCCGCUCAUGCACGUACAGGCGAUCGACGAGCUGUACCAGACGUCGUGGAGGCCAACGCCUGUAGAUUCGGUACCAGCGUUCCCGCAGGUCGUGCCGCCCGCGCCUCCGCCCGGUGCGAGCGUCGCCAGCCAGGCUACUGUAGCGAAGCCGACUCCGACCAAGCCCGCGGGUGCGUACCGGCCUCCUGGCGCCCGUGGUCUUGCGACGCCUGCGAUCUUCAAACGAGAGGACGAAGGCGGCCUCCCUUCGAGCGGCCAGUCCACACCCUCGCGCGGCUACAGCAGGAGCCCUGCGCCGCCUGGUGCUAACGGAGACUACCACCGGAGAGACGGGAGGAGGCAUGUCCCUGGUGCUCCCCAGUCGCCUUCGCCAGGGCCUGAUGGGGACAGGAAGGGCAAUAAUAGGAAGCGGAAGGGGCCUAAGGCUGGCAAGAAGGAGGACGGGACGGCCACUCCGCCUACCAAUGGAGUGGAGAAGCCGUCUAUUGACCUUAAGGUCAAUGGAGUCCCAGUGGCGGAGGAGGUUUCGGUGCCUCCUACCCCUGGUGGCGAUGGUUCUUUGGACCCGGUUGCGAAGAAGGUCCGCAACCUGAACAAGAAGCUCAAGGCCAUCGAAGAGCUCAAGGAGAAGCAGAGUCGUGGUGAGCGGUUGGAGGCCACGCAGCUGAAGAAGAUCGAGAGUGAGGCGGAAAUACGCAAGGAGCUCGGUACACUCAGCGUAGGCGGUUCAUAAUAUAUGCUGCUGCUGCUCUUUGCUCCUCUCGAUUCCAAUAUUAGUCUUCUAUCUGUUGGUUCCAUGUAAUUCGAGAAUUCGAAAAUGGAGCAUUUUAUAUAAGAGUAUGUGAAGUUCCGCC